UGCCAACCAAGAGCACGACAACAACUCAUGUUUCUCUUUCUCCGUCGUUCAUCUAGCUUUCUCUCUCUCUGAUCUCUCUUAUAUAUUUUCUUCAAAAUUUCCCAAACCACACCCACCGGAAGAAUGAAGAGGAACAAUUCAGAAUCCGACUCUGACGAAGAGUACGAGAAUAUGUCGACCCAGAAACUGAAAAGGAAGAUCGAUGAGGGUGGGCUCUCUCAAACCACAACGACCCAGUUUUUUAAUAUUCUCCUAAAAAAAAUUGAUGAAAGAGAUGAAAAGUAUAAAAAAGUUGUCAAAGCUGGGCCAUCGACCACUGCUGCUACCACUGCUGUUAUUGUCCCAACAUUACGUUUGAAAUCUAUAAGGGAGGCAGUCAAAAUAAGGAUCUCAUUUGGGGGGGAGGAUAAAGAUUUAGUUCAAGAUUCUCAGUUUAAAGUGGCGAUGGAGUCGCUCAAGAAGAAUCCGAUCACCACAAUUUUCAAAGGCGCCACUCUCACCGCGUUAUGGGACAAGAAACGGUCACGGUUGGGUGUUCAUGACUCUACCCCUUAUACUGGACGCCCAAAUGGGUCACACAUUUAUAAAUGUAAAUUGGAUCUCUGUUGGAAUGAUGAGAAAUCGCCAGCGUAGAACUACUGCAAGACUCACGGCGACAAAACGGUGUAUUUUGUUCGGGACGUUAAAGCUGAUGUCACCACAGUUUCAAUAAUAAUUCCCAAUAAUCAGAAACUAGAAGGACACACUAACAAAGAGUUGCAAGUCUAUUCGAAAUCAUUAACUGCCGAGGCCAACUCGAAAUCCCUCUACUACUACAUGAAUUCCCAUAAAAGUGCUGUCCUUCGGUCAUUCCAUAACUUGGUUUACUUGACAAACGACUUGUUAGCUGGAGAGGGGAAUCUUCACAACAUGGUCGCUAUGAGCAUCAUGACCACGUGGCACAACUCGGUGUGUAAUGUGAAAGAUCGAGUAAAAUUUAUCAAUCAGGAGAUUUACUUCCGCUACGGUGAUGGCUUCCAGAAGGACUUUUUCGUGAAAUUGGGACAAGUUUUUGAGACCAAUGGCUUCAUUUUCAAAAUCACGGGGGACAAGAAGUCUACGACAGUUCUGCCUCAGUCUCUCAACCCAUCAGUCUCCUACGACUAUCUGUCCAGCUCGUACCUCGCAAGGGACAACGACACCGGCGAAAUACUCUGGGGUUAAGUGGGCGAUGGGGAGGGGAAGAAGUGCUGGAUCAUACAGCCACACAAGAGGAAAGACGGGGCUGACGGAUUUUGACAAAAGCCAGAUAAAGAGGGUUUUCCAGUUUGCUCACCCCCAAGCUGAUCUCAUCAAGGAGAAGACUUUCACCAGGUUGUCAAUUGAGGAGAAAAAGAUACAUGAUGAAAUGAAGGAACAAGCUCAGCGCGUCGAAACACUCGGACACGUCUCGUCACUACUCACCCGGAUGCUGGGUUUGAAAAUCAAUGGACACGACAUUAUUUUUAUAGCUCAAAAGUUUUCCCAUUUCGAUGAUUCUUUUUCAAAAUCUCUGUUUGACGAUGUGUUUGGUUACUUGUUUGGUGAAGUUGUAGAGGUAGAGAUCCCACCGGUGGUUAAGGAUGAGGAUGGGAAUAUCAUUUGGAAGUUUGUUAAAUAGGUUGUUUUAACUUUGUAUUAAAAAAAUAAUAAAUCUAAAUAAAACUCUUACCGUA